AUGGCCGCCGACGAACGCCGUCGGUGCGGCCGGCCGGCGGCGGCAGCGCUGCUGGCGGUGCUGCUGACGUGGCCGCGGUCGGCUGACCCGACGGACUCGGACCGGCGCAUAUGCGUGACCGAGGGUUGCGUUAUGUCCGCGGCGUCCGUGCUGGCCAACAUGGACAAGACGGUGCGGCCGUGCGACGACUUCUACGAGUUCGCUUGCGGCCGGUUCACCCGGGGCGCCCGGGUGGACGACGACAAGACGAAGCGGACCACGUUCAACGCGCUGAACGACGCAAUCGCGGACAAGGUGCGCCGCGUGCUGGAGCAGCCGGAACCGGGACCGGGACCGGGACCGCGGCACCCGACGCUGGCCAGGCGGCUGUACGGCAUGUGCAUGGACGAGCGCGGGCUGGACGAGCUGGACGCGGCGCCGCUGUUGCGCCUAAUCACCGCGGUCGGAGGCUGGCCGGUGCUGGACGGCGGUCGGUGGGACGGCGCCGGGUUCCGGUGGACGGACCGCGUGUACCGGUUCCGCGAGCUGGGCCUCAACGUCGACUACCUGCUGGACGUGUCCGUCGCGGUCAACCACAACGACACCACCGAGCACGUGGUCGAGCUGGACCGGCCCACGCUCGGCAUCAACCCGGUGUACCUGAAGCGCGGGCUCAGCGACAAGAUGGUGGACAGCUACUACCGGUACAUGGUGGACGUGGCCGUCGCGCUCGGUGCACAGAAGCCGCGAGCCGUCCGUGAGCUCCGCCAGUCGCUCGAUCUCGAAGUGCUCCUGGCACGCAUGUCGCAGAUGCAGUCCGCCGACGGUUUGGCCGACUUCACCGUGCUGACCGUGUCCGAGCUGACGGCCCGCCGGCCCGGUGUGCCGUGGCGCGAGUACAUCAACCGGCUGAUGUGCCCUGACAGCGGCCGCAGCGGCGACGCGGCGUGCGUACGGGACGGCCAACGCGUCAUGGUUAACGUGCCCGGGUACCUAUCCGGACUGGGCCCCGUGCUUCGGGCCACCGACCGUCGGGUGCAAGCCAACUACAUGGUGUGGCGGGCCGUGGCGUCCUGCAUCGCGCUGACCGCCGGACGGCUGCGGGCCCGGCAACAGGUGGCCUAUGGUGAGAUGCUGGGCCCGCUGACCCGGGAACCGCGGUGGGCCGAGUGCGUCGAGUUCGUGUCGUCCAAACUUCACCUGGCCGUCGGCGCGAUGUACCUGAAACGAUACCCGAGCGAGCGCGUCAAGACCGCCGCCGUCCAAAUGAUCAACAGCGUCCGGCAAGAGAUCUACGUGGCCCUGAAGAACUCAGGUACAAACGAUCGUUGCUUCUUGUUGUCGGCUUCGUGUGGGUCGUCCGCGUCCACUGCCGCGAUUGGAUGGAUUCGGAGACGAAAAAAAAACGCGCUGGACAAAGCUAAAGCUAUAGAAGAAUUCGUUGCGUAUCCGGACGAGCUGCUGGACGCCGAAAAGGUGGACGGUUACUACGCGCCGCUGCGAUUUGAAAACGACAGCGAUUACUUCGGGUCAGUGCUGCGACUGGCCAAGUUCGUAUGCGACAAAAACUUCGAGAAGCUACACGUGCCGGUCAACAAGUCCGACUGGACGACACACGGCAGAGUGACCGUUGUCAACGCGCUCUACAAUCUGGUCGAGAAUAGCAUACAAAUCCCGGCGGGCAUACUGCAGGGCAUGUUCUUCUCGGACGACCGGCCGGGCUACAUGAACUACGGGGGCGCGGGCUACGUGAUCGGGCACGAGAUGACGCACGCGUUCGACAACCAGGGCCGGCUGUACGACCGGGCGGGCAACGUGCGGGACUGGUGGCGGCCGGAGACCAGCGGCCGGUUCGCGGAGCGCGCGCGCUGCAUGGUCCGGCAGUACGGCGGCUUCGGCGGGGCGGGCGACGGCGGCGCGCGCGUCAACGGGCUGAACACGCUGGGCGAGAACAUCGCGGACAACGGGGGCGUGGCGCUGGCGUACAGCGCGUACCGCCGCGACCGCCGACGCCGCCGGGAGCCCCGGUUGCCCGGGCUGCACGAGUACACGGGCCGGCAGAUGUUCUGGAUCAGCGCGGCCAACGUGUGGUGCUCCGUGUACCGGGCCGACGCGCUCCGGCACGCCGCGCUCACCGGCCGCCACCCGCCCGGCCGGUACCGCGUCAUCGGCGCGUUCCAGAACCAGCGGCACUUCGCCGCCGACUUCCGGUGCCCCGUCGGCUCGUUCAUGAACCCCGCGGACAAGUGCCGCGUCUGGUAG